AUGGAUAAUAAUAUCUCUCAAAGUGUGAGAAAGAGAUUAAUAAUCAAAGAGCUUGUAAAAGGUCAAGAAGCUGCAAACAAACUCAGAUUUCUUCUUCAAAAUGACAAGAACCCCUUUGGUUGUGAUGAUGUAGGCGCCGGCAUUGAUCCACCAUCUGGAGAUGCAGGUAAUGUUGUUAAGAAGAGUUCAAGAGGUUGCUACAAAAGAAGGAAGUGUGGUGAGACAUGGAGCAUAGUUUCCGAAACCAUUGUUGAUAAUCAUUCAUGGAGAAAGUAUGGACAGAAGGGAAUCAUGAACUCUGAAUACCCCAGGAGUUACUUCAGGUGCGCAUUUAAGUAUGAUCAAGGUUGUUUAGCAAUCAAACAGGUUAACCACCACAUUACUUCACCUACACCAAGCAUAAUUAUAAAGCAAGAAGAUCCUUUUGAAGAGAAUACUGCAAGUAAUGUUACAGAUAAACAAAAGCAAGAAUUAAUGGAUUCUGAUGAUAUUGCAGAUGCUGUGUUGGUGUUUCAAAGUCUGGGAAUGGAGUUUGGGGACAUUGACUUUCACUUUGAUUAA